UGGUGCGUUCUAGCGUCUGAACGUUAUAACAACAACUGCUGUGCCAUUUAAGGUGGAACUGGACGAUUCAAAGAAGCUGGCGAAUCAGCCUCGCCAGGAGCUUCACGUGCAGUCAAAACAGAAAACAGCUACACGUGCCAGAAUGAAGAAGCGAGUAGCUACAUGUGGGGAACAAGAGAGAACUGAUGGAGAGGACUUAGUAACGCAGAAUACAAAUCAAACAUGUGAAACUAUAGCAGAUGAUGAAGAUGAGGAAUUUUCUCACCCAAUUCCCUGGCGAAAGAUUGAGGCAGAGGGACUGGACUGUGACCACGGCUUACUUUUCACCAAAGAAGAAGCGGAUAGACUUUUCAGCCGAUUAGAGGAGGAGGUGGAGUACUUCGCAGGUGACCAAGCUAAGGUGCAGUUGUACGGGAAGUUGCACAGCAUUCCCAGACAGCAGGCUACGUAUGGAGAUGAAGGACUGAUGUAUUCUUUCUCUGGAGUCCAUCUUCUGGCCAGACCAUGGACUCCUACACUGGAGUAUAUCCGUGAUGCUGUCACCAAUGCAACAGGACAGACCUUCAACUUUGUCCUAAUAAACAGGUAUAAAGAUGGCCAUGAUCACAUAGGCGAACACCGGGACGAUGAGCGGGAGUUGGACCCCACCUGUCCAAUCGCUUCUGUCUCUCUGGGGGCCGUGAGGGACUUCAUCUUCCGACACAAAGAUGCCCGCGUUGGUCCAAAAAAACGCCAGAUCGAGCCUGUGAAGCUGGAGUUGGCUCAUGGAUGUCUUCUGCUCAUGAACUCUCCCACCAACACAUACUGGUAUCAUAGCCUCCCGAUACGGAAGAAGGUGAAGACACCACGCAUCAAUCUCACCUUCAGACGCAUCAUUAGAAGCCGCCAAAGAAGUGACAUUAAAAACAAGUGAUUUAAUGAAAUCAUUAGUUCUAGACGAACAUGAAAACCAAGUUCAUCAGGUCAGAUUAGCAGCCAUGUCAUAGAUUGGGUCAAGCACUUUUCUUUGAAGCUUUUCCAGUGCCAUGUCAGUUUUGUUUAGUAUCAGUCCCUGGCACUGGUAAUGACAGUUUUAUUCAAUUGUAUGGAAAUGUUUGGGCACCCCUGGUCAAAUGACAUUUUGUUGAUUUUCUAAAUGUAAAUAAAUUAACACAUCCUCUCAAGAGAACACACUUCUGCACAUUUUAGUGCACAAUUGCUUUUUAU